AUGACGCUGUUUUCAGAACAACAUGUCUUAAAGGGACAGAUUCGCCAUUUUCGGGUCUUUAAUAUAAAAGAAGCAAAAAUGAUGAAAAUACUACUUUUAGCUAUUUGUUGUAUGUGUGUAAUCGAGGCACAAUUUUACGGACAAAGAAUGUAUCGUACCAUACGGAGACCAAUGAAUUACAGAGUUAAUACCCUGCCGGCCCCAAUGGUACAAUUAGGCGGAGUUGGGGCUAUCUCAGGAUUAGGCGGUAUUGGUGGUAUCGGAGGUCAUAUGCCAUAUGGAAAUAUUAUGUAUGAUAUUGAUACACUCGAGCACCCAUCAUACGAUAGACCCGAUCCAGUUUUUAUUGUUCGAGGUGCCGGUGGUAGAGGAAGUUAUAUCGUCAGUUAAACGGCAUGGAGAAGCUGUUAAAUAUGUCAGUGAAAUGUAUAAGUUGUGGAAUACAGACGUUGUACAUAAUAUGCUGUGAAUAUUUAUAAAUUUUAUUGAAAAAUAUAUUUCUUGAUAUUAUUUAAGAAUAAAAUUCAGUUGAGUUUAAAAUUUAUUUCAUUUCCCCAUUGUAGUAAAAAGUAAUG